UAGCAAGCUCUGCUGGGAGACUAUCCCAACCGAUUUCAAUUUGAAAUUCAAAGUGAAAUCGGAUCGAGAGACCUGAACCGGCGCCGUUUCCAGCGGACAAUUAGCGGGAUCUCCAGCGCCAGCGUCAAGAAAACUAACUAAGCAAACAAGGCGACACCACAAUAAUCAGACUCCGAUAAGCCGACGUGGGUAAAUACAUUCAUAUGUACAUAUAUUCUGAAGCGAAAUUUUAGCCCCAUAAAUGGAUCUUCUGGGGGCGACUGGCAAGUCAGUUGUUAUUCAGCUGGCAAACCGGUUGAAAUUCGUUCUGCGUCCCAUAGGCACAAUGGCCACCUACGAGCAAGUUAAGGAUGUACCCAAUCAUCCGGAAGUCUAUCUCAUCGACGUCCGGCGAAAGGAAGAGCUACAGCAGACAGGCACCAUUCCAGCCAGUAUAAAUAUACCCUUGGAUGAUCUGGAGAAAGCUCUAAAUCUGGAUGGUUCUGCUUUCAAAAACACAUAUGGACGGCCCAAGCCGGAAAAAGAGUCUAAGAUCAUAUUCACCUGCCGGUCGGGAAAUCGUGUUGUGGAAGCUGAGAAAAUUGCAAAGGGUCUGGGAUACUCCAAUGUGGUUCUCUACAAGGGAUCUUGGAAUGAUUGGGCCCAAAAAGAGGGAUUGUAACGGCAACAAUUUGAAUUUCAAAUUAUUCAGUAAAUAAAAUUAUAUAAGCAUGGGAAAUAGGUUUUUGAAUAAAUAAAUAAUUUUAAAUUUA